CUUUUUCAGAUAAGCAAGAGCAGACUGGAUGAAAACAAGCAUGAACUGAAGACCAAGCGGAGACUCGAGCAUUUCAAGAAGGAUGUCUAAGGAGAAGAAACACAAGCCAGCACCAAGCUCUGUGUCCGUAAAGAGUGAUCAUUCUGCAGAUUAUCCUUUAAACUUUAAAGAUGGACAUCAGAUCCUUGGAAAAAGAAACUCUCGUGAGAAGAAACCCUUACCAGCACCAAGCUCUGUGUCCGUAAAGAGUGAUCAAUCUGCAGACUAUUCUUUAAACUUUAAAGAUGGACACCAGUCCCCUGAAACAAGUGUUGUUCAACAGAAGAAAGCUCCCGACAAAAUGAGCACUGUUUCCAUGAAGAGUGAUCGAUCUGCCGACUACCCUUUAAACUGUAAAAAUGGACACCAGUUACCUGAAACAAGGGUGUCUCAUGAGGAGAAACACUUACCAGCACCAAGCUCUGUGUCCAUAAAAAGUGAUCAAUCUGCAGGCUAUCCUUUAAACUUUAAAGAUGGACAAUGGUUCCCUGAAACAAAGAUGGAGCAGGUGGGACCAGAGAUGCUCAGAGGACAGUCUGAGCAGUACAAUCAAACAGAGCUGGACACCAUCUUUAAGCUUCUUGAGGAAAACAUCACUACAUUUGUGAAGAAUGAGCUGAACAGGUUCCGCGAGGCUCUGAAACCAGAUUUAGCAAAAUCCUCAACCAGCCACAAAGAGGAAGAGAUGAUGGGUUGCGAUAAUGCAGAACCAAAACAAACAAGUAGAGCAUUCUUUCUGAAGAUCGCUAUGUACUUCCUGAGGGAAAUGAAACAGGAGAAAUUGGCUGACCUACUACACAGCAAAAGCAUUGCCCCGGAGUGCCAAACCAAAAUGAAAUCCAAUCUGAAAGAGAGGUUCCAGUGUUUGUUUGAGGCAAUCGCUAAAACAGGAAGCCGAACCCUUCUGAAUGAGAUCUACACAGAGCUUUACAUCACAGAGGGGGGUGCUGGAGGGCUCAAUGAAAUACAUGAGGUCAGACUAAUUGAGGCAGCAUUGAGUAAAGCAGAAAGAAGCAUCAGACAUGUGGACAUCUUUAAACCUCCACCUGACAGAAAGGAACCAAUCAGAACUGUGAUGACAAAGGGAGUGGCUGGCAUAGGGAAAACAGUCUUAACGCAGAAGUUCACUCUGGACUGGGCUGAAGGCAAAGCAAACCAGAACAUCCACUUCAUAUUUCCAUUCACUUUCCGAGAGCUGAAUGUGCUGAAAAAGAAGUUUAGCUUGGUAGAACUCAUUCAUCACUUUUUCCCUGAAACCAAAGAAGCAGGAAUCUGGAGCUUUGAAAACUUCCAGGUCGUCUUCAUCUUUGAUGGCUUGGAUGAAUACCGAAUUCCCCUGGAUUUCCACAGGACUCAGGUUCUAAGUGACCCAAAAAAGCCUGCCAAAGUGGGUAAGCUGCUGACAAACCUCAUCAGGGGGAACCUGCUUCCUUCUGCUCACAUCUGGAUAACCACACGACCUGCAGCAGCCAAUCAGAUCCCUCCUCAACUUAUUGGUAUGGUAACAGAAGUCAGAGGGUUCAAUGAUCCACAAAAGGAAGAGUACUUUAGGAAGAGAUUCAGAAAUAAGUCACAGUCCAGCAGAAUAAUCUCCCACAUCAAGACAGCACAAAGCCUCCACAUCAUGUGCCACAUCCCAGUUUUCUGCUGGAUCACUGCUACAGUUCUGGAUGAUCUGCUGAAGACCAAAGAGGUGAAAAAGCUUCCCAGGAGCCUGACUGAGAUGUACAUCCACUUCCUGGUGAUUCAGGCCAAAGUGAAGAAGAUCAAAUAUGAUGGAGGAGCUGAGUCAGAUCCUCACUGGAGUCCAGAGAGCAGGACGAUGAUGGAGUCUUUGGCAAAACUGGCUUUUGAGCAGCUGCAGAAAGGCAACCUGAUCUUCUAUGAAUCUGACGUGACAGAGUGUGGCAUCGAUAUCAGAGCAGCUUCAGUGUACUCAGGAGUGCUAACUCAGAUCUUUGUUGAGGAGAGAGGGCUGUAUCAGGACAAGGUAUUCUGCUUCAUCCAUCUGAGCAUUCAAGAAUUCCUUGCUGCUCUGCAUGUCCAUGUGACUUUUACUGCCACUGGAGUCAAUCUCAUGGAAGAACAAAAGACAGAAUCAAAACUGACUGAAGCAACUAAAAUAACAAAGACAGUUUUCUAUCAGAUUGCUGUGGACAAAGCCCUACAAAGUCCCAAUGGACACCUGGACUUGGUCCUCCGUUUCCUCCUGGGUCUCUCACUCCAGACCAAUCAGAAUCUGCUUCGAGGUCUGUUGCCACAGACAGAGAGUAGCUCAAAAGCCAUUGAAGAAACCAUCCAAUACAUCAAAGAGAGAAUUGAAAGAAAACAAUCCACGGAGAAGUACAUUAACCUCUUUCACUGUCUGAAUGAACUGAAUGACAAUCUUUUAGUGGAGGAGAUCCAACAUUUCUUGAAUUCAAGAAGUAUCUCUACAGACAAAAUGUCUCCUGCUCAGUGGUCUGCUCUGGUCUUCAUCUUACUGUCAUCAGAGGAAGAUCUAGAAGUGUUUGACUUGAAGAAAUUCUCUGCUUCAGAGGAGGCUCUUCUGAGGCUACUGCCAGUGAUCAAAGCCUCCAACAAAGCUCUUUUGAGUGGCUGUAAUCUGUCAAAGAAAAGCUGUAAAAAGCUCUCCUCACUUAUCGGCACUGAGUCAUCUAGUCUGAAAGAGUUGGACCUGAGUAACAACAACCUGACAGAUUCAGGAGUGAAGCUUCUGUCAGAAGGACUCCAGAGUCCUCACUGUAGACUGGAAGUUCUAAGGUUAUCAGGUUGUUUGGUCACAGAGGAGAGCUGUGCAUUUCUGGCCUCAGCUUUGGCCUCCAACUCCCAUUUGAAAGAGUUGGACUUAAGCUACAACCAUCCAGGAGUAGCAGGAGAGAACCUACUGAAAGCUGCUGUGGAGAAUCCUCCGAGGAAACGGAAAACCCUACUCAGAUUGGACCAUGCUGGACCCUGGAUGCUGACAGUUGGCCUGAGGAAGUAUUCAGGUCGACUCUCUUUGGAUUUAAAGACUGCUCACAAAAACCUCAGGCUGUCUGAUGACAACCGCAAGGUGAAUGCAGUGGAAGAGGAAGAGCAAUAUCCUGACAACCCCGAGCGGUUUGACCAUUAUCAGCAGCUGCUUUGCAGCCAUGGGUUGACUGGGAGGUCCUACUGGGAAGUAGAGUGGAAGGGAAUGGUGAGCAUUGGAAUCACUUACAAAGGAAUCACAAGGAAAGGAGAGAAUGCUGACUGUAUUCUGGGAGGCAACAAACAGUCCUGGAGUUUGUUUUGUUCUGGAAGCACCUACUCUUUUUACCACAACAGCCAACAGACAGAAAUUGCUCCACCGUCUGACUCUAACAGAGUGGGGGUGUAUCUAGACUGGCCCUCUGGCUCUGUGUCUUUCUACAAAAUCUCCUCCACAUCUGAUCUGAUUCACCUCCACACCAUCAGCACCAAAUUCACAGAGCCGGUCUAUCCGGCUUUCAGGGUCGGGUUUCAGUUUGGUUAUGUAGCUUCUUCAGUGUCCCUGUGUGAGCUGAAAUAAAUUUCUGUAUUCUUGUAACCAUGCAUAGCUCAGACCUUGAUCUCAGACUCUACAGACAUCAGAUAAUUAAUUUGUAGGUAAAGUUUUCUUGAAAA